AUGUCGACUCAAUCGCACACCCCGUUACCCCAGGUUGGGAAGCUCGUGAGCGUGGUUCCCGUUGGUCUCAAAGAGGCUGCACUCGACUCCCCGACCUUCCGCGCGACUACCCUCCACUUCUGCGACCAGAUCGAAUUCAUUGAGAGAUGGCUCGAUGGGUAUGCCAAAGCUGCGGCGAAGCUCGCCUCCGAGGUGGUGGCCAUGGAGAGUGUUGUUAAUAGCUUCCUCUCCUACUCCAACCCUUUGGUAGUUUCCGAGGCCGUCGUCGAUCAUGAUUAUACGCUGUUGGCAAUGAGGAGGAGCGGAGAAGGAUCAAAGGAUCUCUGGAAUGGACUGGUGAUGGCGACCAAGAAGAUGGAGUCGCUGAUUGCCGAGCCCAUUCGUGUGUUUAUCCAUGAAGAUUUGCGGCAUUUUAAGGAAAACCGCCGCGCUCUCGAGCACGCCCAGAAGCAGUACGAUUAUCUACAAGCCCGAUAUGCAUCUCAGUCAAAGUCUAAAGAAACCUCCGCUCUGAGGGAGGAAGCGUUCCAGCUCCACGAGGCUCGCAAAGCAUACCUGAGAGCGUCCUUGGAUUUUUCCGUGCAGGCUCCUCAGGUUCGCAAUGCGCUUGAUCGACUCUUAGUUCGAGUCUCGUUUGAUCAAUGGCGAGAGUUCCGGUUGUUCCAUAACAACAAUAGCUCGACGUUCUCAAAGUGGUCGGGCGAGAUGGAUCGGAUCAAAGGAUGGGUUCACGAGAUGGAAGCGAGUGACCGAUCUGCCAAGCGUGAGCUUCUAGCUACGAGGAAACAAAUCGAGGAGGCAGCAGAAGUGGUGGCCCGUCCGCCUCGUGAGCUCGAGGACUAUUCAAUCUCCACGGUUCCAUACCUCGGCUCUCGACCUCUAUCAACGCUGAACAUGGGCAAGGAUAUUAGGCCAGAGAAGCAAGGGUGGCUCAACCUGCGAACAUUGUCCGGUAGACCCAGCCGCACGGUCUGGGUGAGGCGUUGGGCUUUCCUCAAGCAUGGUAUCUUUGGAUGUCUUGUACAGGGUUCACGUACCGGUGGUGUUGAAGAAAGCGAGCGAAUUGGUGUGCUCCUGUGCAGCAUUCGCCCAGCGUUCCAAGAGGAGCGACGGUUUUGUUUCCAAGUGAAGACAAAGAACAAUAGUAUUAUUCUUCAAGCCGAGACACAAAAGGAGUUGAUGGAGUGGAUCGGCGCAUUCGAAGCUGCGAAGCAAAAAGCAUUGGAAAAUCCCACGAGCACCGACUUGUCAAUUUCAGGGAAAGUCACCGUUCAGGAUCCAGCUUUCUCGAUAUCGCAGCCCCCCGCACCGGAAUUCACUGCCGAUCCAAGCGAGUCCCUCACUCCCCACUUGAGUGACGAGCAGUCUCAUUCUGAACGGAGCUCGACACUUCCAGUCCCAGACCGCGAUGGACUUGUCAUGCGAAACAGUACCGACGUGAGCGGUCGAAGACUGACAGGCUUGGAUGCCGAAUCUUCUGCUCGUGAACACACUAGGGAUCACACGUCUAGGAUUAUUCAAAAAUUGGAUCUCCACCGCAAGUCGAACAACGCUGCACCGGUGUCUCCGUCGAUUCCCGGCCCUGCGAGUGGUAUUGCUAGUCUGAUAUCCGCUAGCCAUAACAUUCUUCCUUAUGGAGGUGCUGCUGCCGCCAAUGCUGAAGGGAACCGAGGUCGCAGCUCGAGUAGCUUGGAUGAGCCUGGAGUGAGCCUCGCCCCUGCGACUCUUGCCAACCCACCGGCGCCUACAAGCAUGAGUAAAGCUGCAGUGGUAGUGAGUAGCGAACGAGGAAUUGGUCUGGGACUUGUUGAUAGUACUGGCGGAAUGCCUAGCGGUAUGAUGGCUAACCUAUGGGGUAGCUCCAAUUGGGGCUUUAUCAAUAAGUUCCAGCGGGAGCAACCCUACACGAAUGGUGACCAUCCGGAGACCACAGCCGACGGACGCCCGGCGUCUGUGAUGAGUGAUUCUGAUAAGCAGAAUGUUGCUGCUCAAACGGACAUCCAAAGUGUAUCCGCAAAACCCUGGCAGCCAUCUGGGCCGCGUCACCGACAAACCGUCAGCCUUGACGGAGAGGAUGCGUCAAAGAUUCAACGAGCUGCGCGAGCAAUCGUUGCAGAAACCGAGUAUCCUAGCAUCUAUCCACAGCAGUUGAAGAUCCAGGAUGCUCAAUUCCGUUUGCUCUUCCCUGAUGUCAAGAAGGAGGAACCGUUGGUCUUGGUCUUCAGGGCAACCUGGAGCCCGAAUGAGCAGCAAGAAUUCCCUGGCAGAGCUUACGUGACAACUCGCAGCAUCUACUUCUACAGCCACCACUUUGGUUUGGUCCUGACUACCAGCGCCGCUUUGGACAACAUCAAGGAGGUGACUGCUGCUUCUGGGCGUGACUGUGAUUUCCUCUUCCUACACACGAUCCCUCCUAUUGGCAGUGAUACUCCUGGUCGAAUCACCAUCAAGACCUUCCUCGAGCCUCUUCGACUGCUCCAGAAGCGUCUUAACUUCUUGAUCCAGUCAUCCAUUGCCGUCCAGCCGAUGAACCUCGAGGGGAUCCUCAGGGAGCUUAUCAAGAUGGAUACUGGCUCUCCAAAUCGACCCUCUAGUGCAGACAGUUGGGACGACGCCCCAUCUGGACAUGACACCAAGAAUGGCCACGAUAUACACCUCCCUAUCUACAUCGACAAAGAUCUGGACAUCGAUGGGGGUAAGGGUGGCCGUGGUAAAGAUCAUCAGAGAUUCAGACUGCCCACCCAACCUGUGGAGUACGUUCCGCAGGGUGAUCUUGUUCUGGCGGCGGAGAAGGUACUCGACGUUAGCCCGAAAGCACUGUUCCACAUUCUCUUCGGCGAUAAGAGCGCAGUAUGGCAGCUUUUGCUCCAUGAACGCGAAGCUCGAGAGAUCAAACAAGGGCCAUGGGCCAGUACGGAGGCACGGCAUCUCCGAAGAGACUUCCAUUAUCAGAUUGAGACGACAGAUAUCUUUGGACGGUCUCAUAACAAUGCCAUCUCGGAUUAUCAGAUCAUCGAUGUACUUAAUGAUCACCUCUGUUACGUGAUUACUGAUAAACGGACCCCGUGGCAUCUCCCCCUCCGUCGCUCAUUCCGUCUUGUGAGCAAGGUUGUGAUCACGUUCGUGGCCAAAUCCAAGAGCAAGUUUGCCAUCUACACCAAGGUUGAGUGGCUGAAGUCACCCUACGGCCUGAAAAAUAUGAUUGACAAGAGAGCGGGUGCCGACUUGGAACAGGAUGCUUUGGAUCUCGUGGAUUUGGUCAGUGACCAAGUGCGUCGCUUAGGUGCACACAGUCGUACCAAGAAAGCCAUCACCAUCUUUGGCCAUGUCGGCCGCCAGAGUAAUGUGUCUCAAUUCACAGGCGCUGGUGGAAAUUUGAAGCUGGAAACGCGCAAGCGUACCCAGCGUACCAUGCCACACCUCGUUAUGGAGACAGUGCUAUCAUUCUUGGAAAGCGCAUUAUCAUUCUUGAUGCAAUCCUCAUUCGGUCUCGUUGGCUGGACUUUGAAGACUCUGAGUGCACACAAGGUCAUCUUGAUCUUGUUGGUAACGAGCGCUCUCAUGAACGGCUUCUAUACCUCGAGAGAUAGCUGGGACUGGUGGCACGAGCGACACGCUAGCAAUUUCAUGUCCAGGCUCGGUGUUCAACCAAAUAUGGUCAUGAGCAAGGCCAUCUACCUUCGAGAUAUCGACGAAGCAGUCGCUAACUCAACUAUCUGGCCUCACAACGGAAGCACCAGUACAUGCUUUGGCGCAUUCAACGAGCAUAGCAUGCGAUACGCGGAGCUUCCUCUUUCCCUGAGCACGUCAAACCCGCGCGAUGCAGUCGCCAAAAGCGCAACCAAGCGGUUCUUGCAAACCCGAGAACGCCUAGGGAUGUACAGGCAUAACCUCUUGGUUGCCCUACGUGUGGUGAACAGUAUUGAAAAGGAAGUCAUUCAAAACGAAUGGGAGCGGUGGCUCCGUGAGGAACUGCGUCGCUGUCGCCAAGUUGAGAUCCUUCUUGGAGGAGGCAGCGACGGCGAAGGCGACACCGCCGCACAGGUUGCCCAGGCGGAGCGCAUCUUCGCCGAAAACACAGGCAACAUCAAGGAGUGGUAUGAGCGGUACUGCACCAGCUGUCGCCAAGAGCAGGAGCAGGUUCAGAAGAAUGACCGGGAGAACCUUUUGCUUUGA